AACAGCUAUUUUAUGACAGGAGUAGCUAGCUUGUCAGUCGUUGCUUCUGUGCAUCUAGCUUGCUAGAACUAAGGUUAUUCACUUUGAUUGCUACUGCUGCCAGGAUGUCUGAAAACAGGGAUAAGGCAACCGAUCAAAUGAAAUUUUGGAAGGAGAGCAGGUCCUCCCAGAAAACGGACAUUCUGACGACUGGAGCAGGGGUUCCGGUCGGAGACAAGCUGAAUGAGCAGACCGCGGGCCCCCGGGGGCCGCUGUUGGUCCAGGAUGUGGUGUUCACCGACGAGAUGGCGCACUUUGACCGGGAACGCAUCCCAGAGCGGGUGGUCCACGCCAAAGGAGCCGGAGCGUUUGGAUACUUCGAGGUCACUCAUGACAUCAGCCGUUUCUGCAAGGCCAAAGUGUUUGAGCACGUGGGCAAGACGACGCCCAUCGCUGUCCGUUUCUCCACUGUGGCUGGGGAGUCUGGUUCUGCAGAUACAGUGCGGGACCCGCGGGGUUUUGCGGUGAAGUUCUACACAGACGAGGGAAACUGGGACCUGACGGGCAACAACACGCCCAUCUUCUUCAUCAGAGACGCCCUGCUGUUCCCCUCCUUCAUCCACUCCCAGAAGCGCAACCCCCAGACACACUUGAAGGACCCGGACAUGGUGUGGGAUUUCUGGAGCUUGCGGCCCGAGUCACUGCACCAGGUGUCCUUCCUGUUCAGUGACCGUGGCAUUCCCGACGGCCACCGUCACAUGAACGGCUACGGCUCUCACACCUUUAAGCUGGUCAACGCUGAGGGCAAUGCCGUCUACUGCAAGUUCCACUACAAGACUGACCAGGGCAUUAAAAACAUCGCUGCAGAGGACGCGGAUCGCCUGGCGUCCACUGACCCUGACUACUCCAUCCGAGACCUGUACAACGCCAUCUCCGACGGCAGGUUCCCCAGCUGGACUUUCUACAUCCAGGUCAUGACCUUCGAACAGGCUGAGAAGUUCCCCUGGAACCCGUUCGACCUGACCAAGAUUUGGUCCCAUAAAGACUACCCCCUCAUACCCGUGGGCAGGUUGGUCCUGAACCGCAACCCCGUCAACUACUUUGCCGAGGUUGAGCAGCUGGCCUUCGACCCCAGCAACAUGCCUCCGGGGAUUGAGCCCAGCCCCGACAAGAUGCUGCAGGGCCGUCUCUUCUCCUACCCAGACACCCACCGGCACCGCCUGGGCGCCAACUACCUGCAGCUCCCCGUCAACUGCCCCUUCAGGACCAGAGUGGCCAACUACCAGCGGGACGGGCCCAUGUGCAUGUUCGACAACCAGGGUGGAGCCCCUAAUUACUACCCCAACAGCUUCAGUGCCCCGGACACGCAGCUUUGCUUCAUGGAGUCCAAGUUCAGGGUGUCCCCCGAUGUGGCACGCUACAACAGCUCGGACGAAGACAACGUCACGCAGGUGCGGACCUUCUUCACACAGGUGCUGAACGCGGACGAGCGGCGGAGGCUGUGCCAGAACAUGGCGGGGCACCUGAAAGGGGCGCAGCUCUUCAUCCAGAAACGCAUGGUGCAGAACUUGAUGGCCGUCCACCCGGACUACGGGAACGGAGUGCAGGAACUGCUCCACAAGUACAAUGCAGAGGCCCAGCAGAAGGCCGUGCGAGUGUACACCAGGGGCGGGGCUUCGGCCGCUGCCUCAAAGAUGUGAGCGGGGUGUGGUCUGCUCGGGGGGCUCCCGCGCCCCCAUAACCCCCUACUCCCCCAUAAUCCCCUACUCCCCCAUAAUCCCCUACUCCCAGAUAAUUCCCUACUCCCCCAUAAUCCCCUACUCCCCCGUAAUCCCCUACUCCCCCGUAAUCCCCUACUCCCAGAUAAUUCCCUACUCCCACAUAAUCCCCUACUCCCAGAUAAACCCCAACUCCCCCGUAAUCCCCUACUCCCAGAUAAUUCCCAACUCCCCCAUAACCCCCUGCUCCCCAAUAAUCCCCUACUCCCAGAUAAUUCCCAACUCCCCAUAAACCCCUACUCCCAGUGCACUUAACUUUCUAUUCCUCAUAAGGAGCCAUGCCUCUAACCCCCACCCCACCCCAAACACAAGCAGUCAUCUCAGUUAUUUUGCGUGAGCGUGCCAGGUUUAGUCAAUUACGAGCAAAUGAACACGACUGCUGUCUGAUGCAUGUUUUGGCUCGAGUAAGACUGAUUGUGGUUUAGAUUAAUUUUUCGUCCCAAUGCUUUUGUAACCCUAUCAUUCCAAGCUAUUCCGACUGUGUGCGUGUGUUUGCGUGUGUGUGCGUGCGUGUACUGCGUGCCUUUUUAAAGCUAGGGUAAUCUCAUUUAUACAGACAGCAUUUAGGCAUUACUCACACACAUAUGUGAUUAGGCAGUGUGUUGCAGGUCAAUUUGAGACCAUGUUGUUUAAGAGUGACUGUGAUCUAUAUCAAAUGAAGCCAAGCUUGGGUUAAAAUGUUCAUGGUAACUUGGGUAUUGCUGGCAGGACAAAGGAAGAAAUCUUUGAUGUUUGGGCGCCCUGGGCACCGUUGCAUUACCUUCAUUAAACAGAGAAUGGAAUAUACUCCUGAAAGCCACUGACAUUCUCUAACAUUCUCUUCCUGUUGCAUCAAAAACUAUUUCCGCAGACUGAGAAUGAAAUUUAGCCUUUGAUACUUGCCAAAUCAGUUAUUAUAUCAAGCUAUACAUUACCUCCGCCUCUUUCUUGAAGGUGAGCAAUUUUUAUUUAAACAGCAUCUGCCUUGAAGUUGCCUUGAACAACAGACAUUGAAACGUCUGAUUCUUUUUCAUUCAUGGUUUAUUCGACAGAUAUGGAAGUGUUUUGACAGCACGCACAAGUAGCAAAAAAGUCAGAUGUGUUCAGGCAAAAUUACAACACAAACAUGAAAUGAUUGAUUAUAAAUCACGCUCAUUAUCAGAGCCCUUACUUGUAGAUGCUGAUAGUCACUUGUUGGCAGAUGUUACGUACCAUGUUUAUUACAAAUUGAGUGCAUAAAGAUCCAAGAAUGUAAUUUCUUAGCACAGUAAUUGGGGACUAUGCACAUUGGAAGAUGAUUGUUUGGAAAAAAAAAUGAGAAUGUUCAAUUCAUUCAAAACAUUUCAAGACUUUGUUUUUUUUUGUGCAUUUUCUUAAAGACCCCGUUGUGUCCUAAAAGGAAAUUGUAAGCAGAAUCAGGCAUUAUGAUCGAUAGUCAUUGCUUAUGCCUUUCAUUUCUGUCAGUGAUGGGAGGAGAAGCUUUGUCAAUCUCAAAAAGGGGUCAUCAUUAUUUAAUCGGUCUUUCGUUGGUCAGUAGUGUUUUUGUCAUGACGACCAUGAUUGCUGGGGGUUCCAGCACUCACAGGAUGACUUGGCUACGAUUAAGCACUGAGCGUCAUACCACUCACGCCUUUCGCCUCUUCGCUCCUGUUCUUCGUUGAGUGCGUCUCCGUGUUCCUGUCAUGCAAAAUAAGAAACCACAAAUCAAUAGAACAGGUGCAUGCAUGUCUACGGGGGAAAAGGGCACUGCUUUUUUCUUUCUUAUUAUUAUUAUUAUUAUUAUUAUUUUAAUACCCAAUAAUUUAAAUUGCUUUUCAAUCUAUUACCAUGUUUGAAACAAACAUUCUUACUGGUCGUAGUCUUGAGUUAACUCUUUGUGCGCUUUAACCGUAGAGCAUUGAAAUAAUGGGGAAAAUCCGUUUGACCUUCACGACUACACAGCAUAUACUCGUAUCCUCCAGGCCGUUUACAUUGCCAUGAAAUGUUAAUUGUUCUUUUCUGUAACUCUCCAUCCAUCCGUCUCUCAAGUGAAAUUGUUGAUUCUAAUAAUAUGCAAUUGCACUGUGAAUGCGUUCGAGCUUAAUUAUUUUGUGCAUAUUAAAUAAAAACGAAUUGAUACUAUAUAUUUACUUAUUUUUGUAGUGCUGACCAUUUUGCAAGAGAAUAUGUGCUAUUGUGCGUGAAGUCUAUUCCUGUGCUUGUUUCAAACUUGAAUAAACUUAUCUUUCCAAGUA